CAACGUAUUAGCUAUUUUUUACAUUUAAUAAUUUUUGUAUCUACAAAACGAUUUAAAGCUACAAUACGAAGUUUAUCUGAAAGUGGUGCUGGAACACAAGAUAAAAUGAAAUGUCAUUUUUUUGGAGAACUAAAUGAAAUAUUUGGCCACCGACCAAUUAUCAAUGAGACUGGUAUAGAUUCUACCUUACUGCCUCCCGAUUUAAAUGAUGAGACUUGUGAUGAGGCGUCAUUAACUUCCAUUUAUCUCAAAAGAUCAUUAUCUUCUGAUACGCAACAUAAUCCACCUCCAUCAUCAUCACCAGUAUUCAACUCCUUAAUCGGAUGACAGCAGAAGUACUUCUACACCUCCCUUAAAAUCGUAGGAACUAGAUAAUUCUAACGAACUAUGCACUUCUUCUAAAAAAUGUAAAAUAUGUGGUACACCUACAUAUUUAAGUCGCGAAAAUCCACGAGCUAGCUUUAAAAAUAUUAUGCAAAACUUUGUAAACCAAAUAACAGAAUCUCAAGAAAAACUACUGAUGAAAACUAUUGAAGAACAGCGCAAACUUGAUAAGGAAAUGUUCAGUCAAUACAAUAAUAUCUUCUUACAGCAAACACAAAUGUUACUCACAGGACUGCAAAAUUUGAGUUCACCCUCUCCUCAAAAUUAUGCAACAUUUCAGCAAUUUUCUGGGGUUACAACUAUGCCAGCAGUGAGACCAAUGUUCACAGAGAACUUGAAUCAGUCAUAUCCUACACAACCAACAUUUUCGCAUCAGAAUAAUAUUAAUACAGACCAUUCCUGUACUUCGCAUGAAACGCAAACUCGUUUAAGAUCACAUCAAGCCAAAACAACGAUAUCCAGAAUUGUGCUUAGAGAAAAUGAAGACGUUGAAUAUUUAGAUACUGUUGAAAGGGACUGAAAUACUCAGCAGUGCAAGAGAGAGUGCAAAAUAUA